CCCGUUGCUGGAUAACAGUGCGAAGCACGGCAUUAGGACCCUGCGGGCUCCCAGCGGAGCGCUCGGACCACGAAGCUCGCCGGCUCCGCCACAGAAAAGCUCAGUCCCUUUGUUUCAUCCUCAGUAGCGCUCCACUCCCUCCUCCACCCAUCUCCUCUACUCGGCGUCACACCGGUCUGGAUGAUUGCUAGGACGGCAACAUGGCUGUGAACCUCAGUAAGAAUAGACUGGCCCUCCUUACAGCUUACCAAGAUGUGAUCAGCGAGACGUGUUCCACCGACUGGGCUGUGUACACGUAUGAGGAUGAUGGCAACAACUUGACACUGGCGUCAUCAGGAGAGGGCGGGCUGGUGGAGGUCUCGGGGAAAUUCGACAGCUCGCUCGUCAUGUACGGCUUCUGCAGCCUCAAGGAUCCCGCGGCUUCGCUGCCGCGCUACAUCCUCAUCAACUGGGUUGGUGAAGAUGUCCCGGAUGCCAGGAAGUGUGCAUGCGCUAGUCAUGUUGCCACCAUCGCGGAGUUUUUCCAGGUCAGUCCUUCCAAGGAUGUUGGCAGAGAAGCCUCCACGGGGGUCAACGUCAUCAUCAACGCCAGCAGCGUGGACGACAUCGACCCCUCCGCCAUCGGACAAAAGCUGACCAACGGCACGACCCACGUGGCGAGCCCGGUGCUCAGUCGGCUGCGGGGGAAAGACGAGGAGCAGCCGGAGAACGUGGGUACCACCUACCAGAAGACCAAUGCGGAGAUCGAGAUGAAGAAAAUCAACAGAGAAGAAUUCUGGGAGCAGGCCAAGCGUGAGGAGGAGCUGCGCAAGGAGGAGGAGUUGAAGAAGGCCGCGGAGGAGCGGAAGCGGUUCGAGGAGGAGCGCAUGGAGCUGGAGCGGCGAGAGCAGGAGGAGCGUGAGAGGCGGUACCGCGAGAGGGAGCAGCAGAUCGAGGAGCACAGGAAGAAGAUGCAGGACGAAGAGGAGGCCAGAGAAAGGACAAGAGCCCAGACCCUUAUCACAGAGCCAAGCUGUGACGACAGUGCUCAGGACAAGAAGGAGUCAGAAGUGGAGGAGGCGGCGGCCAUCAUCGCCCAGAGGGCCGAUAACCCACGGGAAUUUUUCAGGCAGCGGGAGAAGGCCAUGGCCAACGAACAGGACGGCUCCCCUGUCACCAUCCACAGGACCGGCCGCUUGGACAGCCCAUUCUUGAAGCUCCAGCACAGUGAGCCGGGUCUGCCCCCCCAGGCGGCGUCGCACGCCCCACCUCACACCCGGUUGCAGCCAGGUCCACCUGAAAACUCAGCAGAAGGGUCCUCAGAUCGUGCCGUGGAGGGCCUCUCGCCUGCACCCAUCCCCACCAUCGUCACCACGCCCAUCCAGGAGGAGGACACCUACCAAAACGAUUGGGACCCUGAGCCCGAGCAGCGCACCCCCGUGCAAGAGUCGGCCCCCGCCAAACCUGUUCAGAGCGUGGCCCCAUUGGCCAGAGAGACACCUGACAACCACUCAGACUUCGGGGUGCCGCCUGACGCCCCGCCCCAGCAGGAGACGGACAGCCUCCUGGACCUAUGGGAGUCGGCGGGCCCCACCCCUGCUAUGGCACCCUCCCAGGCAGCCCACCUCGUGGACCUGAUGGGGGACCCUGUGGAGGCGGCGCCGGCCGAUGUCAGCGCCGGACUCCCUCAGCCGCUCCUCGACUUUGACGACCUGCCUGAGCCCCCCGCCUCCUUCUGCCAGGGCCCGGAUGGGAUGGAUGACCCGGCUCACCAGGUGGACCUGGGGGGCCCACACGAAAUGGGCCUCAGCUACCAGCACACGCUGGUGCAGGCCGGGGGCUCUGACAGCCGAGAACUGGAUGAUGGUCAACUGCUCAUGACCAACGGGGACUCGUUGCUCAAAGAGAGCACCCAGGCGAGCGAGGGUUACUUCAGCCAAUCACAGGAGGAGGAGUUCGCCCAAUCGGAAGACUGCUCUGCCAAAGCCACUCCGAUGCCAGUGUUUUAUAACAAACCGCCAGAGAUUGACAUAACUUGCUGGGACACAGACCCCGUGGUGGAAGAUGACGACUAACACGGUGCCAGACUGGAAGAGGGAGGUAGAAGAGACUCGCCUUCAAGAAACUUAACCGUGUAACAAUUAAUUAGUCUUGCAUUAAAAUUAAAAAAAAAAAAGUUACAAAAAAAAAAGUUUCGAAAAGGAACUUAAAAAGCAGUGAAGGGAUUUGGGGUUAUUGUUAAAGAUGCAAUUGAGUUUUUUAUUUUAAUUUUCUUGGCUUGGAGCUUGGGCUCCUCACAAUUACCCCCCUUUUGUUUUGGGCAUGCUGAGGACGGCUCACACGUGAUUUUCACCAUCUCACAGUGCGUGCGGCUUCUUGUCAGGCUGCAGACAGACUCCCUGUAUCAUGCAGGUGUAAACCGGAGCACUGAUGCCCCGGUCCUCAUUCAGCUGGUUUUCUCUGGGUCAAACCUGGAGCGGUCCAGUUCCAAUCUGCGGCCUCUUUCAUAUCCUUUACCUCACACAGGUCCAGAUCUUGCCCAAUGGCCCCCAAUAUUCCAAGUAUACAUGACUGAAACAACUGAUGUGGCCACUUUAAUUCUGCCUUAGCUGCAGGUUUAUAGCUAGUUUUUCUCAGAUUAGGGUAUCUGUGGAUUCAGGAAAACUGGCCCUUAGUGAAGGUGUAUGACUGGAAACUGAUAGAAGAUCAUUCCCACCCCCCAAAAAGUGGUUAAGUGAAAACAGACAAACAUACUUACAGCAAUAUAUUGCUUCGCUAGUAAAUUUAUAAAAAGUUUUCCUCAUUAAAGUUUCCCUAUCUCAAAGACCAAAGUUUAUGGAUUCAGACUACCUAUUAAAUGUGCGUAUUAAUCAGUAGAUUUAGAGAAGUUUUACUUAGUGGCGGUCGUGUUCCUGUCUAGUCCUUCUGUCUUCUCUAAACGUUCAAUGACUUGGGGAGAUUUUACUGGCUACCCCUGCGGACAACAGCGACCUGCUUUGUGAACCCGCCGGCACCACCGGACUACAACCGACCCAUUAGACUCUUUUUUUUGACAAGAAAAAAAGACUUUUUACAAAUACUGCUAUUUUUCAAGGUGACUUUUCAUUCCCACAGGAAUAUUCCACCUGCAAUGGUGUGGCUUCAUAAAUACAACAUAGCAACAUAAAGCUGAAUGUGACCUGGCAAGAACUGUUACAUCCUGGAGACUCGACAACUUCACAAAAAAAAAAAAAAAACAGAUAAAUCCUCGAAUAUUACUCUAAUGGCAAAUACUCUGUAAAGGUUUGUUGUCUUCCAUACUCUGUCCAGCCCAAGGAAACCUACUGACUUACCUGAGGCCUCAACACUGAACCCCCCCUCCCCCACCAAAAAGAGGAUCAAUGGAGAGGCCCUGUAGCCGAACAAGCAAUAAGACUGACCUACGUGAUCUGUGUGUAGUAUAGACGUGUAAAUAACCGUGAUUUUAGGAUUACUAAUCUAACGCCGAUUAACGGCGGCGACAUUAUUUAUAAGCGUGGACUAGAUUCAGUCAACUCGAGGGACACUUUUGGACUCGCGAUUCAAUAAGUCGAUGAUAAUAUUUAGCCGUUAGCGAUUGACUGGCUUGCGUGUUCCCCAGAAAAUCUGAUUUUGAACCAACCAGCAUCUUUAACAAUAACCACGGACCUCCUGACAUGGUUUCAGUGUCUGUCCACACCUUUUAAACAUCUUUUAAAGUUUACGCUGUUCCCCUGUCAUGCUGAGGAAUCCUCAGCCUCCCCUCCCCCACCCGCAACUCUGCCUUUGCGAAUUCUUGUCUUUCUUUUCCCAUAUUUUCUUCUAUGGCUCUCUCUCUGCUUGUUUUCAUCUGCUCGCCACCCUCUCCUCUUCAAAACAAGCACAAGACUUUAUUUUAUUUUUGUUAAUUGCUCCAUCCUCAUGUAUGUUAUUAAAGAACGUUAAAAACCUCCA